ACUAAUAAUUGCGAAUAAUUGCGUCUUAUCAAUUCCCCUCUCGUACUAACUCAGUUUUAGUUUCUUUGGAUACUUCUCACUGGUCGCACCGCAGGAAAUUGUAACAUUUUAAAUAUUUCAACACCUCUCAUAUCAAAAAUACAAACAUGCCCGGUUGCGACUGGAUACCUGGAAUUGCGCAAAUAAAAUCUACCGUUCAACUUUUAACAGGCGACGCUGAAGGUGCAGCAAGAACGCAACAGAAUUUUAUAAGGGAAUGUCCCGUCGUAUCACAAGUAACUUCAGUUGUCCAACUUGCUUCUGGUGAUAAAAAAGGCGCCGCGGAAACUCAGAAACGUUGCUUAGGCACAAUUAAUAACGUCGCAAAUGGUUUACCUGUAGUUGGUCAUGUGAAGGGAGUCAUUCACCAUGCAGUUGGUGACCACGAAGGUGGUAAUCAAGCCCUUAACGCAGCAACGCGUACAACAGUAGUUCUUGGUGCGGGCGCUGCUGCUGCGGUAGCCACAGGUGGUUUGGCUGCCAUUCCUGCAGGCAUUGCUGCCGGAUCUACAUACGAUACUGUUGAUUCAGUUAUUUCUGACAAACCGAAAGGAAUUAUAUCGGCCAUUCGUAAUGUUAAAGAUAAUCCGAAUGGCGGUACUUUUUUUGAUGCAGGUAUUGCUAUUGUGGGUGAUGGGAUGACAGGAUAUGCGGGUGGUAAUAUUGGUACGAAAAUUGCGAAUAAUGUUAAAGUGGGCCAACUUGAAGCUGCACAAGCGAGUAAAGUGGAACAGCUUACAAAUGGAUUAGGUGAAAUGCCGUCAGGUGAUGCUAUAAAAUUGGGAAAUGAAAUAACGUCUUUGGGAAACGAGAUCAAUGCGAUAAAAAACCAAGGAGUACCCCAGCACUUUUAUGAUGUUAAAACUAAACAACAUGUUAUCGAAACUUCGGGUGGUCAAGUUAAUGUUGCACCUGUCCCUGGACUUGAACGGCCAGGAACCACAGCUGAAAGACCAGGAAGUUCUGGCGAAAGACCAGGAACUUCCGGUGAAAGACCAGGAACUUCCGGCGAAAGACCACAACAAACAACUGAAGUGAUAGAAGAUGGUUUCGAUUGUGACUUAUAUGCUGAUGAGCCACUUACAUGCAACUUAAGUCCAGCAAGGAAAGAUGAAAUCCUUCGCAAUUACAAAGACCAAAUUCCUCAACAAAAUCCGAUAACGACUCAACAUCCAAAUUCAAGACUCCCAACCCAAACCGAACUCAACCGAAUUAAACAGGACCGACAACCACCUCAAAAUACUGCAAGCGAUUCUAUCGCUGAACUUCAACUUCAACGGUGGCUACCAUUGCAAAUGCCACAACAAUUUCGAAAUACAAGUGCCGGUUUGCUCAAUGAUACCCAGCAUGGGUUUUUGCAUACUUUUGCACGUCAUUGGGAUCAAUGGAGUCAAUUUAUUCCAGAGAUCAACUCAUUAAUGCAGAGAGAACUUUCAAUUUUGCAACCGGUCUUGAGGCGAAUUCAAAGCGCACGAAACGCAACAGUAGCCAGAGAUGCUAACCGAGAAUUAAGUAGAUUAUUAGCUUCGUGUACUGAUGGAAGUCUUUUGGCUACUUUACGUAGAGUGCAAAUUCUCAUUUGGAAAUAUAUGCAGGACCGUGUGGUCUCAGCAAACUAUAUCGGCGAAGGCUUAAAUGGACGUGGUCAAGUUCAAGUCUAUUUCCGAGUUGGCAAUCAAAUUAUGGUCGUGUGUGUAUCAAGAGAAUUGUAUCCAGCUGUUCCAGCAAUGGGUGAUGGACGUCCAAUUAGAACAGUUACAACAGUUUUCUUUAUAGAUCCGGCUUCACUUGUGAAUGUCCUCAUUCGAGCUGUUUGGAAUUAAAGUACUAUCUCCCGCUGGUGUUAUCACCACGACAUUGAUUGAGUAAUUUAAGUAACAUUGAUGAACAUUAA